UUCGCCUCCGGUCCCAGGUAGGAUGAUCGGGCCAUCUUCCGGCACCGGGGGCGACGGCGGUGGCGGUAUCUCGGCGGCGAACGAACCGUCGUCGGAUGACCGCACCGGAAGGAAACGGAUCUUCGAAGAGCUAGAGGACAUCGACGGUUUCUGCGAGGAGAUACAGAACGAUCGCAAACGGUUUCCGCGAUAUCGAGAGAUCGUCGAGGUCGCCGAUCCAUUGGAAGCGAUCGCUUCGAGUCGAGCGGUGACGAGCAGCGACGAUACCACCGCCGGUGUUGGCCUAUUCUCGCCGUUAUCCGGCCAGGAAGCCGUGGCGAUGGAAGAGGUGUGUCCGGUGGCGAGGCUGGAGGUUCUACUUGUCGACGGAACCAACUGCACUUGGACCACCGUCUCUGAGCUCGAGUCUCCGGAGAACGUUGCAGAGAUCGCGGCUUCGCCCGCCACCCCGUCGUCCUCUUCGUCGUCGUCGUUGUCGUCGUCGUUGUCGUCGUCGUCGUCGUCGUCGUCGUCGUCGUCGUUGGAACACGGCCAGCAACAACGACGGCAACGUGCGAUACGGGAGAUGCGAGUCGAUGAAACGGACUACGUGAUUCACGGUUCGGAUUACUGGCAAGCGCCGUUGAUCGCCGUUUCCGAGCGUGAACAGAGCAGAUCCAACGUGUCGUCGUCGUCGUCACCCACCGAUCGUCAGCAACAACAGUUUCUACGACAACAACAACAACAACAACAACAACAACAACAACAAAAGCAACAGUUCGACGACCAAGAGACCGGAAAUCUUUCUUGGCUGUUGGAUUUCAAGCUGGACCCUUUCAUCGAGGUCUCCGACGACAAUUCGUCGGUCGUCGUCGCCGCGCCUUUUUCCAGAGACGCUCACAGCGGGACGAAAACCAGGAUAAACGGACGUGCUUACGGAUCUGGCUACGCGAACGACACCCGAAGAAGUUACGGCGAGAAUAAUUCGUCGUCUCUGCAAGAAUCGUCGGCGUCGUCCUCGUCGUCGUCAUCUUCAUCGUCGACGUCGUCGUUGUCCUCGUCGUUGUUGUCGUCGUCGUCGAACCAGUGCAGCUACGCCAGUCUCGAUAAUCGAAAUUUUACGUCCUCCCGGUGUAACGGACCGAAGAAGCCUCCCUUCACGUACACGGAACUGAUCGAGCACGCUCUCAGAGAGAAGGGGGAGCUGACGGUGUCCGCUAUUUAUCAAUGGAUCUCAGAACAUUUUCCCUACUACAAGAGCAACGACGAUCGUUGGAAGAAUUCCGUUCGGCACAAUCUCUCGAUAAACCCUCACUUCAGGAAGGGGUCGAAAGCGCCGCACGGAGCUGGUCAUCUGUGGGCGAUCGCGAAUCGUUCGAUGGACUCCAGGCCCAGGCAAAUCAUCGAUCCAACCAGCAAUGCCUUUAAUAAUUCGUCUAUGAAACAAGCUGGCAAAACGAAUGCCGUGCCGGAAAUCGAGAACUCGAGGAAAUGUAGCAGCGAGAUCAGUCCGAUAGACGAAUUGGAAGCGGCAACUGCGAGCAUAACGACCCAGCAACCGUCCACGGAAGACGAAGCCGAAGGCAUGGUGAACUCGGUAACGUUGGAGCAUUGCGCCGAAGAAAUUCUUAGCGGUAUCAAGAAAGAAGUGGAAGUGCAGUAUCUUGUUCCAAUGAUGGUGUCGGAGACCACCGAACACGACUCGUCCCAGGCUGCCGCUACCGCAGCCGCCGUCGCUGCCGCCGCCGCGGCCGCUGCCGCCGCCGCUGCUCAGCGGACGCACGAAAUCCAUUAUCCCGUUGUCAAAGAGAGCGAUUUCCUAAAUCCGGUAUCGAAGGAAGUGGUCGCGGAGGAGUGUGGACUCAUCAGCGAAGGCUAUCUGGUCACGGACCUGAAUCCGACGACUACCUUCGGCAUGAACAUGAUCGAACCUGAAAUCAUCGUGCCCGAAAAUCUAUUUGGGGAGGAACUGAGUUUUCAAUUUUACGAACUGUCGUCUCCGUCGCAGAUUCAGUCUGCCUGACACACGGAGAAGAACAGGCUGCUUCGAUUGAUCGUAAUCGACGAGGCGCGGCUGCAGGAUAUUCAAGAUUCCGAUCGCGCGAACAUCGCGGAAGAGGUUCGCGUCGAUGUUAUCGAUGAAAGCGAAUUCAAAGAGUCGAUGACGGCCGAAAGCUGAUUUCUUCUUCUCACUACUACUACUAGUACUACUAUUAUUUAUACUAUCAUCAUUACUACUGCUACACUGCUACGACUAAUAUUACUACUACUGCUACUACUACUACUACUACUUUUUUCUGAUGCAUCAACGAAAUUUAUAUACGCUGGCGAUCGCCGGCCAAAAUAAAGAUGGUCCAGAAAUUUCCUUCUCGCGAAUCGUCAUCGAUCCUCGCAUCAGCGAAUCUGAAUACCGUUGACUCGUGUCCGUACCCCGUCGAAUCAUUUAAUACUAUGCCUUAGUAUAGUUUUCUUUCAGCCCUUGCAGAGUGUAGUGUGCAACGUUUUUUUGUAUUUUACAAAAGAAAAUACAAUAUUUACUAAGACGUA